AUGUCACUGCUUUCUGAUCUUGUACACCUCCGCACCAUCGAGGUCAGCCCACAACGCUCAACGCCUCGAAUCUCGACAACGUGUUAAGCCCGCGUCCACCACUAGCGACAGCCGAUCCUCCCGCCGCACCGAUCGAGCACAGUGUGUGUCUUCCGGUCUGCUCCUACGCAAUAGUUGAGUGUCAGCACUCGAAGAUGUGGUUGUCAAAUGCAGUCUUGGGCAGCUCGUGCGCAGCAGCAUCACCUUCAGCAUGGAUCUCCUGAAGGAGCUUUGUCGGGCGCACCACGUGGAAAUACUCCAGGAGGAACCCGCUUGCGAAAGAGCGAUUCCUACGAGUACUCGUCUGGUCGUGCGAUCCAAACUGUGAUGCUUGUUCAAAUGGGUGUGUUUUCGGAAGGCAACAAGCCGCGACCCCCGUGA